AUGAACACAGAAAUCCCGCCCACUCCAAUACGCAUCCAAAAAUCACUCUUACAAUGUUCUCACAACGUUCACUUCUCCAUAAAACACUUACACCAUGGACGGAAGGUGGGCCUCGUCAGGUUCCAAAAUGGAGACGUGGCAACGACAGAGAGCCUCCUUGACACUGGUCUAGGCGGCCUGCCCAACCUGCAGCAGGUGACGCUAGUGCUGCACCUGAGGCUGCGGCAGUUCACAGCUCACAUGCCUCUCCUCAACUACGCGGUCGACGGAUGCAACGAGGAACUUUUCGUUGAGCUGGUGCCAAGGAAGGGAGACUUACAUGUACAGUGCUGCAACGGACAGCUCUCCAGAGCCAUCCCCUUCACUCUCAAGAUGUUUGUCUGGCAACACAUUUCCGUCUCUCUCAACCUGGAGACCGGCAUCUUGCACGUUAUAUAUGAUAAUAUGGUGUACCACGAAGAGCUGAAGCUGACCUCCGAGAAGCGUCUGGAGGUGCGGGCUGGCGGCCGCCUCGUUGUGGGCCAGAGACUAUAUUCUAUGGAGGGAGGCUUUCUAGUGAGGGAGAUCGUGGACGGAGAGAUCGCUGACUACAGGAUCUAUGAUGUCGCCCUGAAGCCCACUCACAUGAACGAAUUACUCAACUGCACAGAUGUAACAGACCUCAGGAAGCCAUUAAUUGACUUGGAAAGUAACAGCUUUAUGGUGAAAGGCCCCACAAUGACUAGAACCAUAGAAAUGAGCGAAUUGUGUAGUAAUAAUAUUACUGGAUUCUAUCUAUUUUUUUCGCAGAAAAUGAACUUUAAAAAUGCAUACGCAUGGUGCAGGAAGCUGAAGGGAAGUAUUAUCCUGCCAGAGGAUGCCGAGACGAAUGCAUUUUUCUUUGACAAGUUUGUUAGCUACAAGGAUCAAUGUGCCUACUCCUGGACGCACCUCUACUGGAUUGGUGCUGGAGGGAACCUCACAACACAGCAGUGGCUCCAGCUCACAGACGGAACCCCAUUAAAGUGGUACCAAUUUAUAAGAGAAUAUAAAACAGUGACCACACUUUUCAAGUGUAUUGCAGCAAUAACACACGAGAAGUACAAGUGGGCUGCCAGCCCAUGUAAUAUAGAAACUUGUAUUCUCUGUAACUUCACUGCCAUUCCUCAAAUGCGACUACGCGGUUUGUGUAAAGAUUCUGCACUAGACCGUGUCUUCUCUUUCCGAGACAAUGAAAAUUUUGAGUGGUUGCUGGACGGGUAUAAUCACAUGGUAAUGCAGAAGAUGAAUGACUCGUGGAUCAUGAGAAGCCGACUAUGGCCGGACAUCAGAGCUACUAUGGUUGCUCGCUGGAAGGAAGAAACUCCUGUGGGAGUUCACAUCUGGUUUAUCGAGGGCGACAGGUGUCUGGAAAAACAGGUGAGACUGCUGUUGACGUCGUGCCGUAGCGACGAGUACACCUGUGACGAUGGUCUGUGCAUCAGCAAGAACCGCCGCUGUGACAUGACUGUUGACUGUGAGGACCAAAGUGAUGAGAUGAAUUGCAAAACCGUCUUCGUCCCUCCAGGCUACUCCUCUGGGCUUCUUCCGCCGACAACAAUGGCCAAGCCCCUUCCGAUCCUCUUCAGUCUCAACAUUACUUCCGUCAGAGAGUUCAAUUUAGUCUCCUUCACUAUCAGCAUUGACGUCUUCCUCGAGCUGAAGUGGCGGGACAUGAGGCUCAAGUUCAACAACCUUAACAAGGACUUCAGAGCCAACAAGAUUAAAGAUCUGGAGGAGGUGUGGACUCCGGACGUCAAGAUCGAGGACGGUACCAAGAGCAAAGUGGAGACACAAGUACGUUCCCAGGUUGUGUACGUGGUCAAGAUGGCUGAGCCCCUCCCUGAUGACGACUCCUCCAUCCGUGAAGACAUUGUGUACAGCGGGUCUGAGAACAUGAUGGUACUGCAGAGUGAGAAUACUCUCACCUUCAGGUGCCACUUCAAGCUCCAGAUGUAUCCCUUCGACCAACAACUCUGUUACAUAGUCUUCAGGAUGCAGGAUGUCCCAGUGGAGCAGGGAAUACUUGUGCAGGAGGGUGCAGGGGUGAUGUUCCUGGGGGUGCGUCAGCUGCUGGAGUACACACUCGUCUCUGAGACCUACACCAACUACACCUACGACGCCGUCAGCCUUGUCAUGGUUGGGUUUGUAUUCAGGAACCAGUAUGGAUACUACGUCAGCAACACAUUCCUUCCCAGCAUCAUGCUGGUCGUCAUCUGUUGUGCCUGUUUCUCCUUCGAUAUCGCCGACUUCGAGGACCGCGUGAUGGUGUCUCUGACGGCGCUCCUGGUGUUGGCGACGUUCUUCACGCAGACCAGUGGCUCCAUCCCCAAGACUGCCUACCUCAAGCUUAUCGACGUGUGGUUCGUUGCGCUUAUUUCCGAAGUUUUCAUCAUCAUCAUGGCUCUGGUGUACAUCGAGGUGCUGCGCCUGACAUGCCCUUCGACCCUUGUCACGGUGACGCCGGCGGGAGCCACCAAGGGACCCUUCAACGACUCCCUUAAACUCGCUAGCAACACAAGAGCUCAGCACCGUCACACUCAAGCAAUACAUCAACAGCAACACCAUUACACUCAAGCAACACAUCAACAGCAGCACCGUCACACUCAACAAUUCAUCAACAUCAGGACCAUCACACUGAAGCAAUACAUCAACAACAGCACCAUUAUACUCAAGCAAUACAUCAACAGCAACACCUUCACACUCAAGCAACACAUAAACAGCAGUACCGUCACACUUAAGCAAUACAUCAACAUCUGCACCGUUACACCCAAGCAAUACAUCAACAGCAGCACCGUCACACUUAAGCAAUACAUCAACAUCUGCACCGUUACACCCAAGCAAUACAUCAACAGCAGCACCGUCACACUCAAGCAACACAUCAACAUCAGCACCGUCACAUUCAAGCAAUACAUCAACAGCAGCACCGUCACAUUCAAGCAAUACAUCAACAGCAGCACCGUCACAUUCAAGCAAUACAUCAACAGCAGCACCGUCACACUCAACACCGUCACACUCAAGCAACACAUCAACAUCAGCACCGUCACAUUCAAGCAAUACAUCAACAUCGUCACAUUCAAGCAAUACAUCAACAGCAGCACCGUCACACUCAAGCAACACAUCAACAUCAGCACCGUCACAUUCAAGCAAUACAUCAACAUCAGCACCGUCACAUUCAAGCAAUACAUCAACAGCAGCACCGUCACACUCAAGCAACACAUCAACAUCAGCACCGUCACAUUCAAGCAAUACAUCAACAUCAGCACCGUCACAUUCAAGCAAUACAUCAACAGCAGCACCGUCACACUCAAGCAACACAUCAACAUCAGCACCGUCACAUUCAAGCAAUACAUCAACAUCAACACCGUCACAUUCAAGCAAUACAUCAACAGCAGCACCGUCACACUCAAGCAACACAUCAACAUCAGCACCGUCACAUUCAAGCAAUACAUCAACAUCAGCACCGUCACAUUCAAGCAAUACAUCAACAGCAGCACCGUCACAUUCAAGCAAUACAUCAACAUCAGCACCGUCACACCUUAG